CGCGGCCACGCGUGUGGCGUGUCUUCUGCUGAUCGACCGUCGUGAAACCCAGCAGGAGUGCCUCCGUUCCCUUGUUUCCCCUCUUCUGUGUUUGCGUCCGAGGGUCGUUCCUUUUAGGUGGUGUCCUCGCAGCAGUCUCUCUCUCUCUAUCUCUGUGUGUAGAGAUGGGGAAGAAUCAAGCGUACAAGGCGAUGCAGAGAGCGAGGAUGAGUUCGACCUCGGGAGCGCCCGAAAACAUCGAAGACGGAAUGAUGGAUGGUUCAUUUCAUUCACCAGAGUGGCAUGCUGCUCGCCUGGCAAGCCUUAAUACUUCUCAUACAAUAACUUGGGAGGAAUUCAAGAAAAAACAACGGGAAGAUGCACUGAGAAGAGAUGAGUUGGAGGCUGACAAAGAUAGGAUGAUGAGGGAGUACAGGGCUCAGUUAGAUGCAGAAAGAGCAAGCAAGCUAGCAAGUGGAAGAAACCACUCUCGCCACAAAAUUACUCUCAAAGAGAAAAAGGAGAAAGAAAAAAGAAGCAGGAAGAAAAAGCGUUCAAGAAAAUCCUCCGAAUCAAGUUCUUCCAGUUCAUCAUCUGAGACUUCUGGUAGUGAUGAUGAGGAUGACAAGAGGGAAUCGAAGAGAAGAAAAUCAAAAUCUAAGAAGUCAAGUAAGGAGAAGAGACACAAAUCAAGAAGCAAGCGUCCUGUCAAUGAUGAUAAAGCAGAUGGUCCUGUGCCGCUCUCGAAAUUCUUUAAUGCUGUACAGAGUGGUCUCCCUGUUCUUGGAAAGACCGACCAUGUUUGGCAGACGAACGCCAUUGAUUAGCAUAAUCAGGUGCCGGUAAGGCAGGUUUUGAAGAAGAAGCCAGAAUAUAUGCUGCUUCCAACCACUGGAACUUUUUUGGUCCUGCAUACUCAUAUGGUGGUUCUCUUUGUUAUUAUUCUAUUAAACUAAAAAACGUCCGGGUGGCUGAAUACUGAUUGAUUAUUGUGCAAAAAUUAGUGU